CCGUAUAAUAUACUCAUCCUCGCAUAUAGGUUCACGUGAAGAGGAAACGAAGCAAAUACUGUCUGUAAUUUCCAGAGAGAGCUCCUCUGCUUCUUCAAGCGUCCCCAUUCGUACGCACUUGGGGGGGCCAAAUACGGUAACUUAUCCCCUUCACAGCUCACUUAUUCCCAUCUCUGUUCUUCAAAUCUGGAUACUUAGAACUCGAUUCAGCUUUGGGUUGUUGAUCUUCUUCUCUUCUCAAGAUUCAUUUUGCUGCUCUGAACUCUUCUUUCCCUCCCCCCAAAAAGGGAAAAAGUUUUGAUUUUUCUUGGUAUAAAUGUUCCCAGCAUUUCUGGGUCUAGAUCAAUUUUUCUUGGUAUAAGUGUUUCCAGCAUUUCUGGGUCUAGAUCAAAUGGUUAGUUUCCUGCCUUCAUGACCCAAGAUUGGUAAAAAAAAAAUAACUAUUUUCUACUGGUUCUUUGGGUCCCUUAUGACUGGGAGAUGAUGUAUCAGUAGCUUUCUGUUUUUAGAUAUUUAUUGAGAUGGAAAACAGUUAAAGUAAUAAUCUCUGUAAGUGACGUGAGAGGAUAUUCAAGUGGUCCUUGGAUCAAUUUGAGCUUUAGGAGAGCUGAUUUUGUUUGAAGAUUUGAGAAUCUUGCUGGAAAAAGGGGGGAUUUCGUUUUUCGAAGUUGAAGCUGGAUCGAUAUUCUGAGUAGGGUUAAGGUCUUGCUGGAAAAGGACCCACCCUACUUUUGUAGGAUCUUACUGAUUUUGUUGUUGAAGCUGAAUUGAUAGUUUGAUGCUUAUUGAAGGAAAAAAAGAGGGUUAUUGGGUAAUUAGGGUUCAGGUGAUUUGAUGGCAUCAAUUAGGAGGACAUUGUCCCCCGUGCCAAGGGCGGGGGUUCCUAUGAAUGGGGAGACAUGCCCGGUUUCGUCAUCCCCUUUGUCCAAAUCGUCUUUGAGCAAUCCGAACCACCCAACCCAUAGUCUGAACUUUCCAUCCUCGAUUGCUUCGUUGGAUUAUGCAUUGUUCAGAGCACAGGAUUGUUUGCUUGGUUUCAUCUCCCAUAGAAGGCCUUUAGAGAGGUCAAAGUUAAGGGGGCAAAUUUGGAAGAGAUCUAUUCUCCAUUACUUCUCGUGCUUCAUUCUCGGGGUCUUCCUUGGCUUCACUCCUUUCCUUUCUCCGAUUUUGUCUUUCCAAACCCUCCAAAAGGACGAAACGGUCAAUGACCCGUCAUUGGAAUUGGAGAAUUUGGCGAUCGUGGACAAUUCAACAUUGGAACUGCAUACCAAGGUUAGUAUAGCGGUGGAUGGAAAUGGCAAUAGUGCCCCUCCUAACCAAACGAUGGAUUUCCACAAACUCUUGAUAGUUGUUACCUCGACCGAGCCACGCCCGUUUCAAGCAUACUACAUGAACCACAUCGCGCAUACUCUGAAGCGGGUCCCGCCCCCUUUGUUGUGGAUAGUCGUGGAGAUGAACUCCCAGUCUUUGGGAACCGCCGAUAUGUUGAGGAGAUCGGGGGUCAUGUACCGCCAUUUGGUAUGCAGUGACAAGAACGUGACAGAAGUGAAAGAAAGACGUGUACACAUGAGGAACACUGCACUAUCCCACAUUGAAACACAUCGUCUUGAUGGGAUUGUUUACUUUGCUGAUGAUGAUAAGACUUACUCUCUUGAGCUCUUCGAAGAAAUGCGGGAGAUCAGGCGGUUUGGAGCAUGGCCAGUGCCAAGAAUGGCUGCAAAUAACAGACAUGUCCUCUUGGAAGGGCCUGUCUGCAAGGGUGCAAAGGUAUUGGGGUGGCACACAAAUGAUGUGAGGAAACGAAUCCGGAGGUUCCACGUGGAAGUGUCGGGGUUUGCCUUCAACAGUACAAUUCUUUGGGAUCCUAAGCGGUGGCACAGGCCUACGCUCCAACCCAUCAGGUUGAUUGAUGGCCUUAGAGAUGGCUUCCAAGCAACGACAUUCAUCGAACAACUAGUGGAGGACGAAAGCCAAAUGGAAGGCAUUCCGCCAAACUGCUCAAGGGUCAUGCUUUGGCAAUUCGAUAUAGAAUCCUCAUACCCUAAAUACCCUUCUUCUUCUUCUUCUUCUUCUUCUUCUAUUAAGAACCAUUCAAAAACUGCAACUGCGACAACCCUUGUAUGAUUUUCCUAAGAUUAUUGUCGUGUCGUUUCUUGUUGGGCAAUUGUCGGUGCAUUCAUUCUGCUUUGCGAAGAAGAAAAUUUUGCUUGGACGCCGACACCGACAUAUAUAGUGUAACAAGCCAAGUGAUCUCUUUGGUUGAACUUUUAUUAUGAGUCCUUAUUUUUGUGCAAUGAAGAAAGAAUUUACCUUUCAUAGGACAAGUGGAUCUGUUUUGUAAUCUUGGUUGUUGUAGGGUACUAUUGUACAAUUUUUAAAUUUUUUAAAAUAUGUUACCUCUUAUUCAUUGGGUACGUGACCCCUUUUUUGGUCUAUUGAUUCAAUCACAAUAUAGUACUACCUCCGUC